GAAAGUGGAGCGGGAAGUCCGGGGUUUUCCCUUAUCUCCCUCCGUUUCUCUCUUGUUUUGGGAUAGAAACGUUAAAAGACAAACAGACUGACUUUACCACCAACACACAUCGGGGAAGUGCGCUUUUGGACACUUUUGGGAUAGUCUGCACCUGCCGCCGUCGACCUGUCAGUGUUUUCAGGUUUCCAGACAACUACUCCUUCACGUAGGCUAUUUCUUUUCAUAACUUGCUACAGCUCCAGUUGUCGGGUUUUUGUGCGCAAUGGCUGGUCGCUUUAAAUCGUCUGUCUGUCUCCAUAUGGAGGGAUGCGGGGCUAAAAAUAAAUAAAUAAAUAAACAUUAACAACUUCUGUGGAUCCAAGGGUGACCUUCUGAGUCUGGAUACUGGGACGAUUUCAGAAGCCUCUUUCAUGAAACCUACUGAUCUUGUCAUUUUGGGGAUCUAUUUAGGAGUCUGUGCAGCGUUUUAGCUCAGAGCGCACUUGUGUCUGACUCAACGAUGUGCUCCGGUGGGAAAUACUGUGUGUUUCUGUUCUUGCUUGAAAGUAUCCUGUCGGACCCGGGAACCACGAACCAAGUGGUUCUGUUGGACACUACGACAGUGCUAGGAGAACUGGACUGGAAAACCUAUCCUGUCAAUGGGUGGGACGCUAUCACAGAGAUGGAUGAGCAGAACAGACCUAUUCACACCUUCCAGGUUUGCCACGUAAUGGAGCCAAAUCAGAACAACUGGCUACGGUCUGGAUGGAUCCAGCGGCAGGCUGCACAGAGGGUAUAUGUGGAGCUGCGUUUCACACUGAGAGACUGCAACUCCAUUCCUUGGGUGUCUGGUACCUGUAAGGAAACCUUCAACCUCUUUUACCUGCAGACAGAUGAACAGCUCCCUGCAGGGACACGGUUUCGGCCUACUGACUAUGCCAAGGUGGACACCAUAGCGGCAGAUGAGAGUUUUACACAGACAGAUCUUGGAGAUCGUGUUCUUCGCCUCAAUACUGAAGUCAGAGAGGUGGGGCCGGUGACACAGCAGGGCUUCUACUUGGCCUUCCAGGAUGUUGGGGCUUGUAUUGCACUUGUGUCUGUCAAGGUGUUCUACAAGCGCUGCCCAUCGACUUUAAGGAACCUGGCAGCAUUUCCUGACACGGUGCCGCAUAUGGACUCAUCCUCUCUGGUGGAAGUAAGGGGUGCAUGUGUGGAGAAUGCAGAAGAGAGGGACACACCCAAAUUGUACUGUGGUGCUGAUGGAGACUGGCUGGUACCACUGGGCCGCUGUGUCUGUAGUAUUGGCCACGAGGAGAUGGAUGGCUACUGCCGCGCAUGUAAGCCUGGCUUCUUCAAAGCAUACGCUGGGAACACUAAAUGCUCCAAGUGUCCUCCACAUAGCUCCAGCCAUGACCAGGCUGCCACCAUCUGUCACUGCGACAAAGGCUUCUACAGGGAUAUCAAAGACUCCUCCACCAUGGCUUGUACAAGGCCUCCUUCAGCUCCCAGGAACCUGGUCUCAUUGAUCAAUGACACGGCUCUCUUCCUGCAGUGGAUGCCUCCCAGUGAUACAGGAGGCAGGAAGGACAUCACUUACAACAUCCUGUGCCAGCGCUGUGAUGGAGGUGACGGUGACAGUGGUGUGACACAGUGUGAGCCAUGUGAGCCCGACCUGCGGUUUAUCCCACGGCCACUUGGUCUGACUGGUACCUCUGUGGCAAUACUAGAUUUUGCAAUGCACGCCAACUACACCUUCCACGUAGAGGCCGUGAAUGGUGUCUCUGGGCUGGGUGUGGCUGCACGCUCGCUGGCGAAUGUUACCGUCAAUACACACCAAGCUGGUCCUGCUCUGGUGGGUGUAGUCAGGAAAGACUGGGCCUCUCAAAACAGCAUCGCUCUCUCCUGGUCAGAAGUGGAACAGCCGCCUUCAGACAUAGUAGACUAUGAAGUCAAAUACCAUGAGAAGGAGCAAGAGCAGCUGAGCUAUUCAUCAACACGGACCAAAACCCCCAGCGUGGUGGUAACAGGCCUCAGACCCUCGACUGUCUAUGUCUUCCACGUGCGUGCUCGCACUGCUGCUGGCUACACAGCGUACAGCCCCAACUUUGAGUUUGUUACUGCCGCUGAGGAUCCUGAUAUCGCUGAUCAGGGACAAGUUCUGGUGGUCGUCACAGCAUCUGUAGGAGGCUUCUCCCUGUUGGUCAUCCUCACCCUCUUUCUCCUCAUCACUGGCCGGUGUCAGGGGUACAUUAAAGCCAGGAUGAAGUCAGAGGAGAAGAGGAGAGCUCGCUUCCACAGUGGACAUGUCCCAUUCUCUGGGAUAAAGACCUAUGUGGAUCCAGACACAUAUGAAGACCCCACUCAGGCUGUGGAGGAAUUUGCCAAAGAGAUAGACCCCUCUUACAUUUGCAUCGAGAGGGUGAUUGGUGCAGGUGAAUUUGGAGAAGUCUGUAGUGGUCGUUUGCGUAUACCUGGAAGGAUGGACAUUGCUGUGGCAAUAAAGACACUUAAAGGUGGCUAUAUGGAACAACAGAGGCGAGACUUUUUGCGUGAGGCCUCAAUCAUGGGGCAGUUCAACAACCCCAACAUCAUCAGGCUGGAGGGAGUGGUCACCAACAGCAGACCAGUAAUGAUAGUGGUUGAGUACAUGGAAAAUGGAGCACUUGAUUCUUUCCUCCGGACACGUGAUGGUCAGUUCACUGUGCUCCAGCUGGUUGGCAUGAUGCGGGGCAUCGCAGUGGGCAUGACCUAUCUUUCGGAUAUGGGUUACGUUCACAGAGACCUCGCCGCUCGCAACAUCUUGGUGGAUGAAAACUUGGUGUGUAAGGUGUCAGAUUUUGGCAUGUCCAGAAUCCUUGAAGACGACACUGAAGCAGCCUACACCGCUACGGUGAGUGUGGAUUUAACAGUCACUGCAGGAUAUCACAAUCACAAAAGACAGUUAUUGCAGUUGGUGCAGUCUGUGUUUAUUGUUUUGUGUCAGGGAGGAAAGAUACCAAUACGCUGGACAGCACCAGAGGCGAUUGCUUAUGGAAAAUUUUCCUCAGCUAGUGAUGUAUGGAGCUACGGUAUUGUCAUGUGGGAAGUGAUGUCAUAUGGUGAGAGGCCCUACUGGGAGAUGUCAAAUCAAGAUGUCAUUUUAUCAAUUGAAGAAGGCUACCGUCUACCAGCACCAAUGGGCUGCCCUGUGACACUGCACCAGUUGAUGUUGCACUGCUGGCAGAAGGAGUCUAGCCAGCGCCCGCGCUUCAACAAUGUGCUCUCUUUCCUGGACAAACUCAUAAUCAAUCCCAGUAGUCUGCUCACUCUGGUGAAUGAUGUGCAGAGUUUCCCAGACUCCCCAGAGGACAUGCCAGACUACCCUCUUUUCAUCUCCAUCGGCGACUGGCUCGACUCCAUCAAAAUGAGCCAGUAUAAGAACAACUUCCUUGCAGCAGGAUACACAACACUGGAUUCUAUUUCAACCAUGAGCAUAGACGACAUCAGGCGUAUCGGGAUCUGUUUGAUUGGUCACCAGAGGAGAAUCAUAAGUAGUGUACAGUCUCUUCGCCUGCAGCUUCACCACAUCCAACAGAGUGGCUUUCAAGUGUGAGACCAUUGCACAAAGACAGACUCUGCGAGCACACUGUGCUUGAAGCAAACCAGAGUUCCUUGGCAUCGUCAUUCAACUAAUUGCACAAACACCGGUGUAGCAGGUACCACACACGCUGCUCAAGUGACAGCGGUCCGCUGCUAGACCACACGUGGUCUGGUUAACACAUAGUCAUUAUAUAAUGGGUCAUUAUCAAUACAGCCUCCACAACAACCAACCUCUGUCAGCGUUGGCCAAAUGCGGUCUCUUUGUUAUCUCAGCAAAUACUAGCAUUCACUUGAAUUUAGGACUUCUUUUCUCUGUCUAUUCAAGUGUUCACCAAUACCUCUUCUCUUUCCAAGUGACAAUCCAAUGGUUUCUAUUGACUUUGAAUGGUUGCAAGUUACCUCAUGACCAGAGAUGAUGUUGAUGAGAUAUAAGGUAUCAUAAUGAAUGGUACAGUAUGUAAUUUUAAUAAGAACCUCUUCAAAGGGGUUAAUGAAACCAGAAAGAAAGAUUGACAGAAUGGUGAUCAUGGUUUUUUGAACUGAAGACCUCUGAAUGUCAAAAGAUUUUAUAGAAAUGUACGUUCUAUCCUCAUGAUAAUGCAGUAUGUCUUGUACAAAAAGUCUUGUGAAAGUUGUAUGUUUUAUUCAGUAUGUUUGUUCCUUAAUAAACAACCCUAUUUUAAUAGUCUCUCAGACUUUAACCUC